AUGGUUCUUGCCAAUCGGGGCUUUGCCCUGUCGCCAUCUUGCCAUCCCAGCAACCUUCUAGCAAACGUGUUCGAACGAAAUAGCCUCCCACCCACGCAGUCAUCAUCAGAUUGCCUCGGCUCCGCUCCAGAGCGUAUGCGAAGAGCCGAAUGA